AUAAUCAACAUGGCGACCUCUUGUAGAUUUCGCCUUUUUAAAACGCCUUUACGAUUGCUAGUUUCAAGGUCCUUUUGCGCGAAUGAAUCUUCUAAAAGCCAUCCGAACUUUCUACCUUUCGAUAACAAAGAUGUAAGAUCCAUUUUGAAGAAAAUCACGGGUCACAACUUGGACAAAAUCUACUCUGCACGCAAACAAGAUCUGACUGUUCCCACAUACAAAUUAAUGACAGAUUCCGAGUUUCUACAGGUUAGAGAUACAUCUUUUUUACUUCAAAGGGUACUUUUGCUGUAAGAUUUCCGUACAACCCCCUACAUUUAUUAUGCCCGUAGCAUAUUUUUCAUACUAUCACAGGUAGCCUAAGCUCGAAAUAUGAGCAUCGGCGAGCAUCGGCAUUGUUGCGUAACAUUCAAAAUAUAAGGAUUUGUAUGGGAAGAAAACCUAUCGUUUCUCUAACCUACGAAAAUGAAAGGAUUUCAAUAAAAAACAGCUUACCUUACUUAAAAUGUGUGUUACGUCUCUCCUGUGUGGUCCACGGGCCGAUUUAUGGCCGUUUUCUGGGUUUCAUAUUUCGAGCUUGGGCUACCUGUGAUACUAUUUGACACAUGCGUACAAUGUACAUGUAAUCUUAUGUUAAGUUAUGCAUGUUAUGGAGUUGUACAGAAAUCCUACAUCUUUUACUUAUUUUGAAUAAUUUCUGCAGUAUCUCAGCCAACAUUCAGGCGAUUAUCGGCCAUUUGACAGUUGACACAUUUUUCUUUUAGAGGAGGGGGAGGGGUAUGUAUGUGGUGGGCAGGGGGCUUUUCUCCUCUUUUAGAGCAGUUAGCUCAAAUUCCCAGGGGUCUCUCCUCUCUAAAACCAAGCCCUUGAAUUCCCAUGGAAAACAAUAAUUCAGUUCCAUGCCCAGGAGAUCAUGGGAAACGAUCAGUAACAAUUUUUUGGUUGCGUGAAAAUUCACGGGAACCCAUCCCAUAAAUGUUUUUAGAAGAGACAUCUGGAGCUAGUCACUGUCCCACUUCAGAUGUCUGUUUUAGCAAGGUGUUUAUUAUAUAUUUUUAUGUAUUUUUUUUGUUCUAGGCUCAACAUGAAAUUGAAGGGAAAGCUGAAAAAUUACUUCAAAUGCCACCUGUGAUGGAAGAACGGCGGGAGAUCGAUGAAGUGUUGGAAGAAAAUAAGGACAUAGCUCAUUUUUCAGAGUCAAGUUAUGUCUUCACUGAUAUUAGUACCAGUGUGUGCAACAGGGUAAGAUUAAUGAUUACAGAAGUGCUCUUUCUGGGUGACAGCAGCUGUUUUGUUUUGUGUAUCAAACCCAUUGCUAUUUUGACAUUCGCAUUGCCAUUCCUGUUAGAUGUCAUGACCAACCCCAACUGCAUGUCUGUCUUAGAGUCACGAUCUUACAAAAGCCUGGGACAUACACAAGGCCCCAGGUGUUCAAGAGGUGUAUAACACUAUCCAUUGGAAAAAUCUCCAUCCUGUGGAUAAGUGUUAAGGAAACCACUACCCACUGGAUAAAGAUUUAUACUGUGGAUAGUACUAUCCACCUUCUCAACAACUGGGGCCAGGUGUCCAUUUUAUAGAACCAUCUCUGACCAAUUCUCUUCUUAUAACAUAGGUAUCAAUAUAUAAUCAAGGAGAAGGGUUAUGAGAGUUAAUAAAAGAGAAGGGAAGGGAAAAUGAUCGAUCUUUUAACAAAUUCUCACAACUAAAUUUUUCACAAAAUGUAUGGAGAUUUAAGUCUUAAGAAUGUGUACCAUGCAGAUAUAAAUUUGGCACUUACAGUCAAACCAGGAAAAUCAUGAACACUGGGAAUAUUAUGUUAUUGUGUUCCAAGAAAAAAAGCCAAUCAAGCAUAAGAAAACUAAACCACAAGCAAGGUCAUCAAUUAGUUUGUGGUUUUGUGGCCAGGUCAUGUCUUGAUCUUUGCUGUGAUUGGUCAUAGCACAAUAAACAUCCCUGACAUAUUUCAAGUGUUCACGAUUUUGCCUGUCACACUGUACAAGGUUAAGCAAGAGUUGACUGUACUUUAAAACUUUGAGUGUUUAUUUCUUAUUCAGACAAGGUUAAUAACAAUAAGAGAGGCAAAUGGAAGAUUACGAAAAGCCAGGUGGGAGGAAAGGGACAGAAUGAAUCAGAUAUACUUUCCAAAACCAGGGAGAAAACAUGAAAUACCUGAACUGCUAAAAGAUGAAAACCUUAAGGUAAUGUAAACUUAAUGGACAAAGUAACUCCAAUUGAGUUUAUGCAAUGUGCUAAUCACUAUUAUUUUGGUACAGUUGGUUCUGAAUAAUAAAUCAUUAUUAUAUUUCUGUGCAGGAAUUUUUAUGAAUUGCCACAAGUCGACCUCACAUGUGUAAGGGAGUGGAGUUUUAUAAGCAAGCAGCAGUGAGGUUUUUAGACUGGAAGUGGCCUGAAAUUCUAGAAUUUUUACAGUCACUUCUAGUGUCAGUUAGAGGCACUAAGUUUUUUACUGUUCAACAGUACAGAAGAAAUGUAAAAAGAGAGGGGAUACUUGAUAGAAAGGUUGUGGUAUUUUGUUUCCAAGUCAGCUGUUUUAAAGCUGUAUUUCUUCUGUUUUGCAGAGAGUGUUUCAGCAGAAUCGCCAUGAAGAUGUUCUUGAUCUGACUGUUGUACAGUUUGAGCCUGAUUCAGCAGCUUAUAUCAGAGUAAGUAAAAUUAAAAUAUACUGAGAGGAAACAUUUUCUAGUUUUUUAGUCCCUUUACUUUGUGGGUUAAUCGAAUCAGUUGAACUUAGUGGUAACCUCCCUUGAGAGACCACCAAAAUGAAAAGAUUUAGUGGUCGCUUACCGUAAAUGAUCUAAUAAACACCCGGGGCGUUUAUUUAAUUUUAGGGGUCCAAGAGGGGGCAUUUAAUAGAUGGGAGGCAUUUAAAAGAGAGAGGCGUUUAUUCUUGUAACUUAUUUUAACGAACUCAACAUAACUGUAUACAGUAUGCUUUUGGCUAAAAACGUUUUUGUGUUAACAGAAUCUCGACUCUGCGGGCUGACGGCUUAUCUAGAAAUUGAACAUGACAUAAUACACAAACUGAUGUUAAUCAAGCAAUGAAAUUAAUAAAUUGAUUGAUUUUGCUCUAUUUUGCCAUUUCCUAGUAUUUGGGGGCAAUUUUCAAGGGGGGCGUUUAUUAGACAGGAGGCGUAUAUUAGAGAGGGGCGUUUAAUACUAACUUAACAGCAUAAGGGGGGUGUUUAUUGGAUAAGAGGCGUUUAUUUGGAAGUGGGCCUUUAUUAGAUCGUUUACGGUACAGAAAGUGUUAGCCUGAAAGAGAAUGAAACCACAGGAGGUCUUUUCUGAGAAGAGGUCUGCAUACAUAUUCUUUUUGGCAGAGAAUUAUUUAUUGCGUGGAAUUUCUUAGAAGUUACCUUAAAAUUCUGAAAAUAAGCCCCGGGGCGUAUAUUUUUCAAAGGCCCUUUUUGAGGGGCUUAUUUUUGGACGGGCUUAUAAUAUGGAGGGGCUUAUCUACGGAGGAAAAUUUGUGUUUCAAAAUCGAUUGGGCUAGCCUUAUUGUUGGAAGUAAAUUUACUGUUUUUGCUUUGUUUAACUUUGUAUUUGAGGGCAAUUUUCCAAAUACAAGCCCCCGGGGGGGCUUAUAUUUGGAGGGGCGAUUUAAGGGUUUUUUGCAUUACCGUUUUGGGGGGCUUAUAUUUGGAGGAGCUUAUAUAUGGAGGGGCUUAUUUUCAGAAUUUUACAAUAUAUGCUUGUGUGUUGUCACUGAAAGUUCUUUGUCUACCAGUGGCAUAGUACAUAAAGCAAAGAGACCAAGCCAUGUGUCAAGUGGUUGCUCUAUAGUGGAAGUUAAAAGCAAUGUAAAACUAUAAAACUGUCGGGCCAAAAAGUGGUUUUGUUUGAUUAUGAAAGAUGGUCGUUUUUGAAAGGUUCUAAUAAUAGGGCUUUGACAGGGAUAAUUUUGGCACUGUGGAUAGUUGUUGGUUGCUUAUGGGAGGUUGUCUUUAAUUAUGAGAGGUGGUUGCACAUGAAGGUUCAACUGUAUUAAUCCUCUAAUUAAGCCUUAAGAUUGACCAGCAUCAAAUUUCUUUUUGUAAUAUCAAUGCUUUGUAAAACAGAGAGGUCAUGGGAAUUAUGGACAUGAUCACACCGGAUACAAGGAGUUGAUACUUCAAGAACUUCUCACUACCACUUUUAUAGAAAACAUAUAGGGCCAACAAAUGAGAAUUCAAAGUUUGAUCUUAGGGUGUAUUUCUCUCUUUGCACCAGGUACAUCAGAAGACUUAUGAAGACAUUGUACUCAGUAACAAGUUUGAUCUUUUGAGAUCAACGAGACACUUUGGAGGACUGGUUUAUUACCUUGUAAAGGCUCAAAGAAUAAUGGAACUAAUUGAAGACAUGAUGGCGAGAGACCUGUAAGGAAUUGUUUUAAGGGACUUGACUUGAUAUGUUUAAUAAUGCAAAUUGUGAGCUUUAAAAUAUAUAAUAGUGUCUAUCAUCACAUAUUUACUUCAUCACGUAUACUCACAUCACACAAGAUUUGUCCACUUUUUAUAAAUGACUUAAUGAAAUAUACCCUGCUAGUAGAGUUGCUUCAAGGAAGAUCGAAGGAGACUCUGUUAGCAGGAUAAAUAAAAUAAUUAUUCAUCACGUUUUUGCUUUCAGUACUUUUUUCAUUAUAAAAACUCUACUGGAAUUCAGCAGGCAAAGCUGUUACAAAGAAUUUGGACUUUUAACAUUUUGUUGAAAUUUGGUUAAAGUAUGAACUAGAUGUGCCAUUUAACGGUCACAUUUUUCUUAACAGUUGGGAAGACUGCGUGGAAGUGGUAAAACUUCAUCAUCUUCUGCAUCCCUACAGUAAGAUAGCGGAACAAGCAAUCAGAAACAAUCUUAAAGGAUUGUUUAUGUUGCGGGUAAGUUAUGAAUGGUUCUAACACUGAAUGAAAUUAAUAGACUGGACAGUCUGUGAAAAAAAACAAACAAACAAACAACACAUCCAACAAAAGACCAGGGAAUAGAAAGCAACACAGUUGACAGGGGAAUUGAACAGAACGACAGACUGGACAUUAGCAAAACAAUAGUGUGUUUUCACUCACGUGGCCAGCAUCUAUGCAAAGUUAUUGGAACAAAAGAAAGCGUUUGCAUAACAAAGGAACUCAACUCCCACAGGACUGGUUUGGCACACCAACAUGGCCGCUGUUCCAUUGUUUUGGGACACCAAUAUGGCCGCCAUGACAUCACGUAAAAACACUCUAUAGACCAAGCAAUAGACAAUGUAGAAUAAACUGGACAAUACAGAGUAGAAUAAACUGAACAACACAAGAGACUGCUCAGUAGCAUAACACAAUAAACCAGACAAAAGAACAGCACCAUAGACUAGACAAUAACAUUAUCAUGCAGUAGAAUGGACAAUGGUAUACCCUAAUAGACUGGAAAAUAACAUAACACAAUAAACUGGACACCAGAAUAACACAAUAGACUGGACAAUAACUGAACAACAGGACAAUGCGAUAGACUGCGAAAAAUAGACUACACAACGGAACAACGCAGUAGACUGGACAAUGGAACAACAAAACAGACUGGACAACAGAAUAACAACAAUAGACAACACACUUAUGGGGGUGUCGGCAACUUAUGCUGAUGGUUAAAACAUGCACAUUAAUUCUAGUUAAGAGCAUUUAAGCCAUUUCUUGUAAUCUUGCUUUUCCUUGUUCUGAACUGACAGGCCUACGUUAGAAGGCAUGGAUCGCCUGAGACAAUGGAGAGAUUGGAAGAGUAUAUGCUUUAUAGAGAGAAAGAGAAGGCGCAAAUUUCUAAUAAUUAA